CCCCCUCCUCCUGUCUUACCUUGCCCUGGCUACCCGGCACAGGAUCAAUGUUUGGUGCCCUCCUGCGCUCCCCCCUCGCCGCUCUUCCCCUGCAGCACACUCCUGCUCCCGUCCGCCUGGCCGCCACCGCCGCCGCCGUCUCCGCCGUUCGCCAGAAGAGCACCCAGGUCCCGGAGCCCGCAACCAAGAAGCGUCGCUCCAAGAAGUCUCUCCUUCCGGAGGCGGUCUCCACCACCCCCAUCACCUACCUCUUCAGCAGCAACCAGGGAUCCUCGUCGCUGGUCUCGUCUGGACGCGUGGCUACUACCUCGAAGACCCGCAAGGAGCGCCAGCCGAUUUUCCCUGCGCCCCUCGCCGCCGGCCAACAGCAGCAGCCCACCAAUACCGCCCCUGGCUCGGUCCCCUGGUUCAUUAAUCCCGCAGCCUCAAUGACCACCCCCCGCGGCGCGAACAACAAUCCCGCCAAGCCCAGCGACAAGGGCCAUCCCGCUGGUGCCGAGGUGCCCUUCCCCCCGGCCAAGCCGGGGGUGGAUUUUGUCGACAUCGGUGUCAACCUCUGUGACCCGAUGUUCCGCGGCCUCUAUCGCGAUCGGCCCUAUCACCAGGACGAUUUGGCCCAGGUGCUGGAACGAGGCUGGGCGUCUGGUGUCCGACGCAUGAUCUCCACCUCAGGUCGGUGGUCCGAGCUGAUUGAGUCCCUGCGUCUCUGCCAGGAUGACGCCCGACUUGUCACGACGGCUGGUGUGCAUCCUACCCGCACGUCCGAGAUGCUGGAGCCAGCCCUGGACCGCUUGGCCGCGGAGCCGCUGAAUAUGCAUGGCAUCUUCCCUGGCCCCUAUCAGCCCGAGGCGCUGGAGGCAUUCGCCAAUCUGGACACGUACAGCGAAGCCGAUCGGGUGGAUCAAUACAUCAAGGCCCUCAGGGCCAUCCUCAAGGAGGACGCCCGUCAGGCGGCUGUCCGGCCGAAUGGCUCGCGCAAGAUCGUCGCGAUUGGCGAGUGUGGUCUCGACUAUGAUCGCCUGGAGUUCACCCCGAAGGAUGUCCAGAUCAAGAUGUUCAAACGCCACUUCCAGCUGGCCGACAGCACCGGGCUGCCGAUGUUCCUGCACAACCGCAACACCGGCUCGGACUUUUACGACCUCGUGCGCAAGUAUCGGAAGCAGAUUCGCGGCGGCGCUGUGGUGCACUCCUUCACCGGGACCCACGAAGAGCUGCAGAUGGCUCUGGAGCUGGACCUCUUCGUGGGCAUCAAUGGCUGCUCCCUCAAGACUCAGGAGAACCUGGAUGUGGUGAAGGCCAUCCCGGUGGAGCGACUUCUCCUGGAAACCGAUGGUCCCUGGUGCACCAUUCGGCCAUCGCAUGCCGGGCAUGGCUUCCUGCGGACCAAGUACCCGGAGUCUCGGCGCGACCGGCACAAGUCGCACACCCUGGUCAAGGAUCGCGCCGAGCCGUGCCACAUGAACUCGGUGCUGGAAGUAGUGACGGCGGUCCGGUAUCCGGGCGGCCCGGCUGCCUUCGCCGCGCUGUCGGAUGCCGAGAAGGAUCUGGCCGAGCGCCGCCUGGCUGAGCGGGUGUACCGGAACUCGCUGCAGCUCUUCUUCCCGGAGGAGUAUGCCCGGCUGCGGGCCGAGGAGGAGAAGCUGUCCACCGAGGGCAUCGAGGGCCAGGUGACCGUGAUCUCCAUCGAGGACAGUGCCUGAGACGCGCGCGAGCGCGCGUGUGCUCCGCCGCCCAGGCUGCUGGGCGGAGGGGGGGGGGGGCGAGGCACCAACGCAUGGGAGCCGCAUGUGCGUCCCCCUCCCACUCGAUGGCCUGGGUGGUGUCCGGCGUGUAUAUCCGUCGGCACCCUAAGAAUAGACCCUAGACUCCGGUAGCAGAUACCCCUGCUUGCACCCGCCAGGCCGCCGGAAAGUCAAACUUGAGUAUGGGCCCGUGCGUGAAAUCCCGACAAAUUGGAGGAUAAAUAAAGAUGAAAAACAUGUUGGUGG